UAUGAAGCUUGCAGUAAUCUUAUUGAUUUUAGCUACAACUUAUGCUUACACCAUAGUUCCAACAUUAGAUAUAGAUCUAGAUGGACCAGCCAAACAAAGAUUCUAGCCAGCUGUUUAAUUAAUAUUGAACACAUAUGGAUAUGAUGCUUCUUUUGGUGCUUUCUUUUCUUAUCAUAAUGAAACUACUUUCAAACAUUUAACUUCCAAAGAUUAUGAUGUUUUAGCUACUUCUGUAAGAACUCAUUGGCCUUAAUAUGCUUAAGAAUUAGAAGGGAUUGUGGAAGCUUUUAAUAGAACUGAUGUUACAUUUGAGUAUAUGGCUGCUUGGGCUUAUUUCCAUGAAAUUGGUCACUCUUUAUCAGUCAAUAUAAAAGAAUGCACAGCCAUAUUAUUAUAAACCAAAGAAGGUAUUAUUCACGGAAGAAAUAUGGAUUAAUCUCCAGAUGCUGGUAGAUUGCUUGUUGUUCAUUUCAAGUUUAUAAAAAAUGGUUAAUAUAUUGGUGAAGCUGUGGAUUAAUAUUGGUUUAAGACUGGUUUUGUAACUAUGUUUAAAUAUGGGGUUGUUUCAUUGUAAGAAAAUUGGAGAUAUGGACACUAUUUACCAUUAUUUAUGUUAUUGAAAAAAAUAGCAGCAGGAACAACAUCAUUAGGAUGGACAUUUAGACAUGUAUUUAAUUUUAAAAUAUAUUUAGAUCCUUGAUUCUGAUAUUAAUAAUUUUGAUGAUGCAGUUACUUAUUUAGAAAAUGUAAUUGUGGCUUGUUCACAAUAUAAUAUUGUUGCAGGUACUGGAUACAAUUAAGGUGCAAUCAUUUCAAGAGAUCCAAUAUCAACUUAUCCAACAUUGUUCUUUAACAACACUGGAUUAGGAAAUGAUCAAUUCUAAUAUAUGGUUUAGACUAAUUAUGAUCAUUGGCACAAAGAUCCAAAGGGUGAUUAAAGAAGAACUAUUGCAGAAAAUUUAUUGGCUAACUUAACUAGUACUAUGCAAAAUGAAUUGGGUGCUUAUAGUGUUAUCAACACAUACCCAAUUCAUAAUGAAGGUACCUUUUAUACAGCAAUUAUGAAUGUUGCUACAGGUAGAUUCAAUUACUUUGGAUAAGAAGGAAUUACUCCAUUUAAUGAUUUAGAGUGAUU